AAGUUAUAGGUAGUUAAGGUUAUUUUUUAAUUUAUUGUCUUCUAUUAAUACCAGUAGCAAUACUUUCUAAUAAACUUUAAUAUAUAAGUGGGCAUUAUCAAUAGGAUUUAAUAUAUCAGCAAUAUUGUCCCGUUCAAAUUAAUGAACUUCAUAUCUCGAGUGGGCAAAUAAAUUCGAUAUACAGCUUAAUAUAACAACUUCAGUUUUCGUUAUAAAAGAAUCGACAAUAUUCGAGUAACAUCAUUCUGAAUUAAGACCCUACUAAAUAUUGAUAUAUAAAAAAUGAAGUUAGCAGUCAUUUUCUGUAUGUUCCUGGCUGGAUGCAAUGCGUGGAUGGACAAACCACAGAUAUACGGUUCACAAAGAUGCGUUAAUAUGUGGGAUGAAGGCUGCAUCAAUGGACAAUUGCCUGGAUCUGGAGGCGAUGAUGACUAUCUUAACGGUGGAUUCAAUCCAGGCAAACGCUGCAUUAAUAUGUGGGACGAGGGAUGUAUUAAUGGACCUCUUGGAGGUUCUGGCAGCGAUGACGACUAUCUAAACGGCGGAUUUACUCCCGGCAAGAGAUCUCUGUACGAACGUCUUCAAAAACUGCGAAAAUCUCAAAAACAUCAAAAUGUUUAAAUCUAUUCCUAUUUAUUUUAAAUAUUUAUUUAAAUCACCAUUACUAA